AUGCAGGAGGGUUGGAGUGUUUACAUGCCAACUUACCUCCAGUUUGAUCUGAACUGGAAGCCAUUUCACGAUGAAGGCUUUGAAUUGGCCAAAGGUCUCAUCAUUCGGUAUUGCCCAGGCCAUACCCCAGGACUUUCUAUUCUGCAAGUGAACAUGAAAGACAGUGGCGCAUGGAUCUUCACGACAGACCAGUAUAUUGUCAAAGAGAAUUACGACUCUCUCGCUAACCAGAGGUGGUUUACUAGAGACCACGCUGCUUGGUCCCGGUCCAAUCAAAUGAUACAUUCGCUCCAGAAGUUGACGAAUGCAAAGCUGAUUCUCGGGCGCGAUCGAGAGGCGGGCAAGUCACGCGCCGUAAUCCAAGCUACUCGCGGAGAGGCGGAAGACAUGCCACUCUAUCCGGCGAACCACUUUUACCGCCUACCACCGAAAUUCGACACCGGUGCCACCAAACACGAUGACCCACGCAUCGCCCUGACAUCCACUGCUUUCGUGAUCUAUAAUCACACAAAUCUCAGCGCUGCACGUCAAUUCUUACUGGAUUUUGGUCUCGAACCUGCUCGCGAAAGUCAAGAUGGAAAGGUGCUGUUUUUCAAGGGCUACGGCACCGAGCCCUUCAUAUACAUCGCUCGACAGUCUUCCUCUAACACUUUUGGCGGAGCGUCUUACGAAGUUUCGAGUCGCAAUGAACUUGAGCGCGCUACCAAAACCAUCCCUGGAUGCUCUGCAAUCGAGCAGUUGGCAGCCCCAGGUGGUGGCGAGUACGUGAAGUUGAUAGAUCCCGCUGGACACAUUGUCCUUCUCGUACAUGGACAGACUAAAUCCAAGUCAUCACCACCUUCAGUAACCCUGAAGGUAACACCUACAAACCUCGAAUUCGACGAUCAAAAACCGCGCAAAGGUACAUUCCAGCGCUUCGACCCAGGUCCGGCCCCUGUACAUCGCUGGGGCCAUUACGGCGUUACAUACCCUCAAGGCGCAUACCAGGAGAUGUACGAUUGGUACACGGGCUACCUCGCUCUUGCACCAAGCGAUGUAGUGUACAAAGACGGGAAAGCAAUCAUUUGCUUCUUCCAUAUCGAUAAAGGGGAAGAGUGGAGCGAUCAUCACGCCUUCUUUUUCAAGGGUGUGAAGGACGGACAAGAAGUCGGCGUAGCGCAUGCAGCGUUUGAGACCCAUGACUUCGACAUUCAGCAGCUUGGGCAUGACUGGUUAACUGAAAAGGGAUAUGAGAACUGUUGGGGUGUUGGGAGGGUAGGUGCUCCCUUCCCCUCGCUAGUUGAAGCAUUUGGGCUGACAAGUCGAUCAGCAUACGAAGGUCUCGCACGUGCAAGCAGGGCCGCAGGCACUGAAGAUUUGGGGCCCGCCGGUUCCAUCUGUCUUUUGAUCAUCGCCUUUGAGUUUCAGAUAAUGAUCCUGGACGACAAGGGAAAUCCUGUUCAGAAAUUCGCCCUCAAUUUGCUUGAAUGUCAAACCAACCACUGAA